UUUAAAAUGAAAAGAUAUCAAAAGAUACUAUGAUUAAAAUAUUUUAAAAAUUAUAUUUAUUAUUAGUCUGAAUUAAAAUAUAGUAUGAAUUUCUAUGAAUAGGUCCAUUAGGUCUAUUUUUAAAAAAAUCACACAUGAAUCAAGGUUGUGACUUCUGUUUUAAUAUAUAAGAUUGGGGGAAUCUCAAAGAGCUUUUGAAUUCAAUUCAAGAAAUAAACCAAACUAACAUAAAAACAAAAACACACGUAUCAUAUGUAGUGCACAAAAAAAGAAACAAAAAGAUUAAAAUAUAUUUUAAAAUAAAUAUUCUCAUGAUGUUAUAAUUUGGAUGUUUAUGCCCAUAUGGUCAACAGUACUAAACAAUUCAGAUCCGCCUUCUCAGAAGAAAAUGACAACCAUUAAAAUUAGAAGCGGUAAACAACUAAUGAAUGAAUUACAAUUAAUGCUAAUAACAAAAUUAAAAUAAACAUUUAUACAUCUCAUCAUAACAAAGUAGAAAGUGAAAAUAGAACACACAAUGUGUUUUUUUAUAUAAAAUUCUUAUUGCAAGAGAGAUGAUAUUUAUAAACAAGACAAUAAUAGAAAUUAGGCAUAUUAUUUUCAUUAGAUGUACAAAGCUAUCAUAGAUAAAAACUAAGAAAUUAUGAUAUAUUUUUUAAAAAUAUAAUUAGGUUUUAAAAAAAAAAGCUAUUUCGAAAUUCUUAUGGAUGUAUAUAUCAAAUUUAUGAGAAUAUUUAUAAUAGUAAAUAAAAGUACCAAUAUAUUCAAGAAUUUUUUUAUAAACACUUAGUUAACAGAGACUGAAGUUAUGUAUCAUAACAUCAACGGUACCCGAAAAUGAUUUUUUAAAAAGCAGCUAAGUAAAUUUAAACAUAAUAUAUAAUCAAAAUUAAAAGAAAAAUGUAAAACAAAAUGUCAAAAUUAAAGAAGAAAUUUUGAAGAGGGAAAAUAAUAUUUGGAUAAAAUAUUUUUGGAAAAUAGUCAAUUCAAGUCCAAUCAAUGCAGGAGUAUGAUUAAUAAUUCAUUUACUAGAUUGAGGAUCCCUUUGAAGACAAAGUAUUUAACUUAUACUGUCACAAUGAAGUCCCAAAAAAUUGCCAAAUCUUUGACAUAAACAAAGUAUGUGAGGAUUGUUACUAUUUUAUUAGGAUGAAACAAUUUUUUUUUCCUUCAAACAUGAUAAUCACAAAAAACAAAUUGACAUUUUUCCUUCUCAAAUAUCAACUGUACUUUAUGUUUAAAUUUCAACUAAAUUAACUUUGUUACGACUAUCGGUUUUUAUUAUACUUUUAUUUAAUCGAUCAGUCACAACCACUUAUGCUAUUUCACUUUGAACUAAGCAACUUAAAAAAAAGUUAUACACCAUGGUCGCUAACUACUAUCAAAUGGAUCAGAAAAUAUAUCAUUUUUCAACAUAUUUUCUCAUCUUCAUAUUUUUGAACAUAUUUUCUUUACAAAAACUAUAAAAUAAAAUGUAAAUUCAUUUAAAAAUAAAAUAUAUGAACCCGGCGCGUAGCGCCGGAAAACCACUAGUUAUAUAUAUCCCAAUGAACUUUUAAAUAACUCAUUUCCUAAUCAAAUUAGCCAAAGCAUACAAUUAUUUACCACUAUUUAUCCUCAUUCUUUUUGAGUUUCAAAAUGCAUAAAUACAAGAAAGAGAGACGAACGCUAGUUAAUGUCCAAGCACCAAUCUAUACCUAUUAGGAAAAAAACUUAUCCCCAAACCUAAGAAACUUUCUUCUCUCUUCAUCUUUAUCUUCUUUACUUCCUUUCACGUUUUUUUCUUCUCUUCAUUGUUCUUCACCAUGUCUAACGAAACCAAAGAUCUCUACAACUACCAAUACCCUUCAUCUUUCUCUUUGUACGAAAUGAUGAAUCUCCCUUCUUCAGCUCAAUCUUCUUAUGGCAACAACGGUUUCGAUCAUGGCCUCCACAGUUCUCCGGGUGCGUACGACUCUCUACUUCAGAAAACUUUUGGCCUUUCUCCCCCUUCCUCGGAGGUUUUCAACUCUUCUAUCGAUCAUGAAUCAAAUCGCUGUGCAACUAAUGACGUUACCGGUGAGACUCCCACUAGGGUUUCAACAUCUUCUUCCUCUAGCGAGGCUGAUCAUCCCGGCGAAGACUGCGGUAAGAGCCAGAGGAAACGAGAGUUGGCUGAAGAUGGACGUGAAGAAAAUCGAAGUUCUAAAACAGUAAACAAAACGAAAAAAAAGGAGGAGAAGAAAGAAAGAGAGCCACGAGUCUCGUUUAUGACUAAAAGUGAAGUUGAUCAUCUCGAAGAUGGUUAUAGAUGGAGAAAAUACGGCCAAAAGGCCGUCAAAAAUAGCCCUUACCCAAGGAGUUACUAUAGAUGCACAACGCAAAAAUGCAACGUGAAGAAACGAGUGGAGAGAUCAUUGCAAGAUCCAACAGUUGUGAUUACAACUUACGAGGGUCAACACAACCACCCGAUACCGACUAAUCUCCGGGGAAGUUCCGCCGCGGCUGCUAUGUACUCCGCUAACUUCAUGAAUCCGAGAAGUCUUACACAUGAUAUGUUUAGGACGGCGGCUUUGGAUUAUGGAUACGGACAGAGUGGUUAUGGUAAUGUGAAUGCUAACCCUAGUUCUCAUCAAGAGUAUCGCCAAGGAAGUGAAUAUGAGCUCUUGAAGGACAUAUUUCCUUCCAAUUUUUUCAAGCAAGAGCCUUGAUUGAUAGCUAUAAUUAAACUACAUAUAUACACUUAUAUAUUACUUCUAUAUACAUAUACUGAGAGAGAGAUUUCAAUAUAUAUGUAACUUAAAGAUCUAUUUUCUCUCUUAUUUGCAUGUACAUAUUUUUUCAUGAGAGAAUGAGAUAUAAAUGUGGCUUGGAUUAUAUUUUAUGAUGUUUAAUGGGUCAACAUUAGAGAUAUUUUCUGUUUCAUUUCUUUUGGUAAAAUUUUAUUUCCUGUUUUGGUUGGUUUUAAUUACAUGAUGUUGUUGUGUUGUGUAAUGUGCACUAUCAAAUAUAGAAGAUAAUAAUAUAGUUCCAGCUAAAAUAGAUGUUCCAUAUGUUACGUUCUUAUUUUUUUUUUUGGUAGCUUGAUCAAAUUGAUAAGCUCACAAGAGAAGAAGAAAUUAUUAAUAAUAAUUUUAAUAUAAGGGUCUUGGAUAUAAUCAUUUCGAGUUGUGGACGACGAAUAUCUAGUGUGUAAGUGAAGAAAAAAAAACAAGUUGAGUUCUUCCUUGUAUCGUAAGAGAGAAUGGACCAAAGAAAGAUUUGACUGCUUCUGCCUUGUUUCUUAUCCUUUCUUUUUGUUUCUGCCUUGUUUCUUAUCCACACACAUUGAAACA